AUGACUGGACCUAGGGACGGUGGUGGCCCCAUGCGGCCUGAUCACCCCCGUGGUGUUCCGCGCUCCCUGCUCUGGUGGGUCGAAGCACCGCCGGCGUCGCCCAGGACAAGGGCACGAAUGCUUCUCCUCGAGCUCAUUGUCGUGCCAUGCACCCCAGCUUUGCAGGCGGGGGAGGAUGCGUUGUCCCUUGCAUUGCUGGCCAUGGUUGUUGGCACGAGGCCGGCAGUGACCCCGGCCAUGGUUCGUCUGCAUCUUCUGCACUACUAUGGCAUCGCUGAGGUCUCAGUGCGGCGGGCCAGACCUGAUGACUUCAUCAUGCGUUUCACUAACCAAGAAGACCUCGACGCGGUUUUGGGUACCCCCUCGUCGGAGGGAGCUCCGUUUGCCCUGCGGUGGCGGAGAUGGAGUCGCCUCAUUAUGGGAUCGGCUGGCACCUUCAGGUACCGCGUUCUCAUCAGUAUGAAAGGCAUCCCCUCGCAUGUGCGCUCGUCGGAGGUCGCGCAGGUCAUCCUCGAUUCUUCAGGGGCUAAGGCGGAGAUCGCCAACCUGGAGGCCCUUGACGAUCCGGAUGAUGAGAGAGAGCUUUUCAUCGCUGCAUGGUGUGCGCGCCCCGAUCUCAUCCCCGAUGAGAAGAUCAUGGCCAUGCCAGAGCCGAAGGAGGAGCACGAUGGUGGCUCGCCGUUGUAUCUCCGGCCACAUGAGAUCAACCACGACGAGGUCCCGAUGCUUCGUUACUUGGUUCGGCUGAGGAUCAUCGAAUUCCAAGACUGGCAUACUCCACCACAGUUGUCCGACGAGGACUAG